AUGAUGCAGAAGCUUGUCUUGAUCGUCGGUGUGGUUUGCCUUGUGCAGGCUGGUCCUAUGGGCCCACCACCAGGAAUGGGUCCUGGGCCAGGAGGUCCUGGCGGACCAGGUGGUCCAGGAGGACCAGGAGGACCAAGAGGAGAUGGUCCAGGAGGACCAGGAGGUCCAAGAGGAGAUGGUCCAGGAGGACCAGGAGGUCCAAGAGGAGAUGGUCCAGGAGGACCAGGAGGCCCAGGAGGUCCUGGCGGACCAGGUGGUCCAGGAGGACCAGGGGCCAGCCACCAGGGGCCAGGAGGACCAGGAGGACCAGGAGGACCUCAUCCACCACCACCUCCCCCACCACCACCAGGCACCCGCCCACCACCUCCACCCCCAUCCGGUGGCACUCGUCCUCCUCCACCACCAUCCGGUGGCACCAAUCGACCCGCAACUGGCAGCCCAUUCUUCACGACAACUGUAUCAUCAAGCACUUGCCCAGAUCUGCCUAGCACAACAAAUGGAGCCGAUGUGGGACCGGCUAUUGCUGGUCAAUGUCCGAAUGGCUUCUGUCGAUUCAAUGGAGUUGAAGAUCGGUGUUAUGAUCAAAGCCUCCUCUGCCCAAGCUCCACGGCGGCCAUCGUUUCAACUACAGUGGCUGGACCCGCUACCGCCGACUUGGUUUGCCCUGCAACCACUCACUGUGUCAAUGGAUACACCCAAUCCUCAUCGGGGCAAACCUUUUACGCAAACUUCUGCAUCUACGAC